AUGGAUGGUUUAAACUCUGUUAAAAAUAGAGGUGAGAGGGAUGAAGAUAGAGUUGGAGUGGUGUUCACCAACGCAGAGUUUCCAUAUCGCCCCUUGGCAAUUAGUAUAAGAAAAAGGAGUCAAAUAACGGCCUCACUGAUUUUGGUUACUCUGGGCAAGGUUCUACAGAGCAACGCUAGUUUUUUUACCAACAAUCGACCAACUCUAUCAAUCGAUAGGGUUCAGUUACCGGUGGGACGUGGCAGGACGGCUUUGAAGGGCGACACGUACGAGCAAUUCUGCAAAAAUAAGAGAGGUAUCGUAGUUGUUACGGACAAUCAUUGUCUCGCCUAUGCUUUACCGUUAGUUUGGGUAUCUUUGAUUCGUAAUACGAGGAAAUCUAGUGUUGUUGAAGAUAAUACGCACCAACCUAAAACUUUAAAAACAUUGUGUAGGGAGGUUAUCAAUACUAAAAUAAAUACUUGUGAAGUGGUUGAGGCUAAACUAAGUGAAACAGUUGUUAACGAGGUGUUUCAAAACCGGGUUCAAGACUUCGCCAUGAGUUUUAAUUUGGACGACUCUGUGUUAUUUAGAAAUAUAUUCGGCCCCAUAACCGAUUUUUGGGGUGAAGAAGCUUUGAGGCGGUUUUGGGGGUUUAGGAGUGAUGGGGUUAUGAUCGAAUCCAUAUUCGGAUCGUUAUUACCGGCCGCAGAGCAAUUCUGCGUUACAGAUAAGUUCUACCAUACGACCUAUGGUAGAGUGUGCGAACAAUGCGUACAGCAGAAUUGCCUGAAAAGGGUUCCGGAAUUUCGUAUUAAAAUCAAAUUUGGUGUGGUGGCUGACGGAGUGCAUAAUCCAAAAACAUUAAAAAGUUUGGCUAGACAGGUGCUAAACGAGAAAUGCAGUGUGGAGGACAUUGCAAAAGUGGAGUUACCGAGGACUCUAGUGCAAAAUAUAUUCCGAAACAGAAUGCUGGACUUUAUACUAGGCUUCCCCUUGGUAGCUACCUUUUUACUUCGGGACCUGUUUGGCCCGAUUACGGACCAGUGGCGUGAGGAUGCGGUGAAGUGUUUCUGGGGCUACAGGGACAAUAGGGUGGAAAUUCAACGUAUAAUUAUUUCAAUAUUGCCCAACGACCUGGACUUUUGUGUGCAUUAUAAAUAUUAUGAUACCUCGCUUGGAAGGAUCUACGAUUUGUGUAUGCGGAAGGAAUGCAUACGCAAAUUUGCAGAUUUUCAUGUAAAAGAACAUGCUUUCAGACAAGUAGAGGAGCUAGUUGACAUUUUCUUGCACCCCCAGAGCUGGUGCGUUUCUUGCACGAGGGGCCUCCUAUUUUAUAAUGGAUUGCUGUCCAGCAAGUGUAGUGUGUUGCUUAACGGAUUGCAUAAUCCGAAAACUUUAAAGAGUUUGGCUAGGCAGGUACUAAACGAAAAAUGCAGUGUGGAGGAAAUUGUAAAGGUGGAGUUACCAAGGACUCUAGUUCAGGAUAUAUUCAGAAAUAGAAUGUUGGACUUUAUACUAGGCUUCCCCUUGGUAGCUAGCCUUUUACUCCUGGACCUGUUUGGUCCCAUUACGGACUAUUGGCGUGAGGAGGCAGUGAAGAGUUUCUGGGGCUACAGAGAUAAUCGUGUGGUGAUUCAACGUAUAAUACUUUCAAUAUUGCCGAACUCCAUGGACUUUUGUGUGCAUUACAAAUACUACGAUACCUCGCUUGGAAGGAUCUGCGAUUUGUGUAUGCGGAAGGAAUGCAUACGCAAAUUUGCAGAUUUUCAGAUGAAUGAGUAUGUAAAAGAACAUGCUUUCAGACAAGUAGAGGAGCUAGUUGACAUUUUUUUGCACCUCCAGAGCUGGUGCGUUUCUUGCACGAGGGGCCCCCUAUUUUAUAAUGGAUGUAAAUAA